AUGUUGAGGUUGCCCUCCCUUUUGAGACUGCUGAUGUUGCUGGCAUCCUCUGCUGCGCCACCAGUGCCUCCCGUGGGCAGCCCCCUGUCCAAUGACGAGUACCAGCUCUUCUUCUCCAGCCUGUGGCCAAUCUGGAAGGCCCAUGCAUCCUGCCACCUACGUCAGACCUUUGGCUGCCUCAGCCCUGCAGUCCUGCGGCUGGAUGAGCAGGAGAACCAUGGCCAUGUCCCUGACGUCAUGCUCUGGCUGGUCCCGAGGCCUGCCCCCACCUCCCUUCUCUCUCACCCAUCCCUAGGACCUGUCUGCUCUGCCUUCCCUGAGGCACCACGGUUUCAGACCUUCUGCCAGUUUGCCCAGUAUCGCUGCUCCAAGCGCAAAUUCUAUGUCAAGCGAAUCCCAUGUCCGAGUUUUUUUCCAAAAGGCCUUCUUCAUCCAGAGCAGCAACCUUAUGAUGUGGACUUUUGGGCAAAAGAUGAAAGCUCUCCUACAGAAGCAGUACCAGAGAAGCCGCCUCUUUCUCCUGCUGACCUCCAUCUGCACUCCAACGUGGACAUGCUUCUGAAGUACUCCUAUGCACUUUCAAGUCAGAAACCACUGGUGCGGAAGAUCCCACCAGCCAUGCCAGUGGUGCCCAGAUCCCUGCAGGACAAGGGCCCACCUGUACCACCAUCUGCCCUGCCAGUGCCACCCACCCCUGCCCCCUCACAAUCCCAUGCCUGGGCAGAGAGCACUUGGGAGCACCGCCUGCAGCGUGGCGUCUGGCAGCUUAUCAGUGCAGCCCUCUCCCUGGAGACCGCGGCGGGCACAGAAGUCCCUGCCGUCACUUCAGAUCUGGGGAGCGUGACCACCGGUGCAAAGGAGAAGAUGCAAGACAUGGCCCCCCCUGGCAGUCUUCUUGCCCUGAAGAGGAAGGAAGCAGUGAUGAUCCUGUGCUAUGCAGUGUUGGAGGGAGUCUGUGUCUCCUCAGUUGUCACCCAGGCAUGGAAGGAGUUGGAAGAAAAAAUCCUUGGGUUCGGAGAUUCGGUGUGUGACAGCCUUGGGAGGCAGCAUAUGGACCUAUGCCCUGCCUGUGCUUUCUGCUCACUGAAAAUGGAGCAGUGCCAGAACAUCUACAACCUGAGGCGUGUUCACUGCAAGACAGGCAGCUUCAUCGCAUACAUCAACCCCCAGAUCUCAACCCAGCACCGGGCUGCAGGCAACAAGACCAGCUUCCCAGAGCCCUCGGAGUAUUUUGGUGCACAGGUUUCUGGAGGCCUGCGACCAGAAUACUGGUGCAGCCUGAUAGCCGCCCGGGGCUGCGAUGAUCCUCGUGUGAUGCUCUGGCUGCAGGCAGAAUAUGCAACCUUCCAAGCGGGGGAUGUCCCAGGCAAGAUCUGUGACUCGGGUGGAGUUCAGCACCCCACUUACUGCGCCUUCAAAAGCCACCAGUGCUUGCAGCACAGCCUCUACAACCAGAGGGUGAUUCGCCAUGGCUGCUUCACAAACCAGACCUACCACGUUCUGAGUGAGGAAGAGGGAAAAGAGGAAGUAAUGCGCUGGCACCAGAGGUUCCUCAGCCUCACUGAAGGAUGAGGUGCAGUGGUGGGCAAUGUGUAACAGGUGCAUGGAAUUCUGGCAGUGCAGAGAACCCAAACAGCUCUUUCCAGGCUCCUUGCUGAUCAGUCCAUGGCCAAAUCUCAUCACUUGGGCACCUACUCUGCAUCCUUGACAGCAGCACAUCAGGAAAGGAGCUGCAUCCAAUAGCAUUUCACCCUGCUGCCCACUGAAACUCCUCUUGAAAAGGUUUUCUCCAGAUGAAGGAGCCUGGGAAAGGUGUUGUCCCCAGUUUAUGGAUUUAGAGCCACCUGCAUGAAGUCCCCAGCAACCCUUAGCCUUCCUGACCCUGCAGAUUGACAUUAAUCAGUAGCAUUACCAAGGCUGAAUCGUAUUUUAUAAAGAGCCCAUAAACCUAAUUUGCUCCUUUCUCUCUGCUUCUGCCACUUUGUCACAUCCACAGCGACCUCUCUAGUUGGAGGUGGCUCUCCACCUGCUCCUGCAUGGCUCACUGGUGGCUCUCACUCACUGCAGCACACAUGCCAUGGGUGAUAAUAUUCUGAGGAUGAGGCCUCCAGCAUGGCAUCUCACCUUGCCAGCCCCAGCAGAGGCAAAGCCAGGUGUCCUGCAGGUCUUAAACAGUUUGUGAGGAAGGAGUUAAUGUAAACUCUUUGCUUUCUUUGACAGCUGCUUUACUU